AUGUCCCUCCUCCCCGCGCAGCCCAGGCCAGCAGCAGCUCCCCCUGCGGGGCCUGCCGCCAACGCUCUCGGGGUCGGGGCGGCCGUGGCGGUGGCUGCGGUGGCGGCCGUUGCGGUGGCCGUUGCGGUGGCGGCCGUUGCGGUGGCGGCCGUUGCGGUGGUCGUUGCGGUGGCUGUGGCGGUGGCCGUGGCGGUGGCGGCGAUGCGCCCCGGGGUUACCCGCUGGGGAGCGGCGGGGUUUUGCAGCGAGCCCUCGGAGGCCGCUCUCCACGACGGUGCCGUCGCUCCGGGAUGCCCUGUCCCAGCGCCCGAAGAGCGGGACGGGAUGGGGAGAGCCUCGCCGUCAAGGAGGAAGGCAGCUCAGAUGAAGACCCCCACUAACUCAUUUGUGACAGAAGACAGUCAGCAGUGUGCUGUUCUUACAGAAGAGGCAGUGGAACCCCAUCCCCAGAAGCCUCAGACUCUUGAUGACUCAUCACCUGCUGGUCAGUUUUCUCUUGUGAACUGGCCAGACCAAUGUGAAGUCAUCAGGGAUAGGAUUGAGCACAUUGAUUGGAUACCCACUGCCCCUGAGCCAUUGUAUACUCCAACAGGUUUGGAGAUAACACCAACAUACUCAACUCCUGACAAAGGCACUGUGAUUUAUCUAGGAGAAGAAGUGACAGGUCUCUGCCCCCUGAAGCAGACCCUCCACCAGAAGGAGGACAACACACUUAUCUUCAAAGCACAGUUUGAAAGCGGGAAUUUGCAGAAGGUGGUCAAAGUCAAUGAAUUUGAGUACCAGCUGACCCUGCGCACCGACCUCUACACAAGCAGACACACGCAGUGGUACUACUUCCAAGUGAGCAACAUGCAGGCAGGGGUGCCAUAUCGCUUCACUAUUGUCAACUUUUCCAAGCCUAACAGCUUAUAUAAACAUGGCUUGCAGCCACUGCUGUACUCAGAAGUCGAUGCUAAGAAGUACCAGGUUGGCUGGCGAAGGACUGGAAAUGAAAUCAAGUAUUACAAAAACAAUGCAGGACAAGACCGACAUCAAUAUUUCUCACUUACUUGGACAUUACAGUUCCCUCAUGACCAUGACACCUGCUACUUUGCCCACUGCUAUCCUUACACCUACACCAACCUGCAGGAGUACCUGGUGGCCAUCUCUAAAGAUCCAGUGAAGUCCAAGUUCUGCAAGAUCCAUGUCUUGUGCCGUUCACUGGCAGGAAACAUGGUAUACGUUUUAACUAUCACCAACCCCUCCACAAGUGGCCAGAACACUGAGAGGAAGGCAGUGAUACUAACAGCGAGGGUGCAUCCAGGAGAAACUAACAGUUCCUGGAUAAUGAAGGGCAUUCUGGAUUACAUUCUUGGAGAUUCAGACAAAGCUCAACUGCUGCGGGACAGCUUUGUCUUCAAAGUGGUACCCAUGUUGAAUCCAGAUGGUGUGAUUGUGGGGAAUCACCGUUGCUCUUUAACAGGUCACGACCUGAAUCGGAAAUACAGAUCUAACAUGAGGAAGUGGUAUCCUUCCAUCUGGUAUACCCGAAACAUGAUCAGCAGAGUGAUGGAGCAACGGGGUGUUUUUCUGUAUUGUGACAUCCAUGGUCACAACAGGAAACAAAAUGUCUUCAUGUAUGGUUGUGAGACAAAGCAGCAAGCACAAGCACCAUAUGGGCACCCACAUGUCUUCCCACUCUUGCUGAGCAAAAGCUGCCCAGAUAUGUUCUCAUUCCCAGACUGCUGUUUCAGAGUACAAAAGAGCAAAGCAGGCACAGGUCGAGUGGCAAUGUGGAAGAUGGGCAUCAACAACAGCUACACUUUGGAAGCCUCUAUCUGUGGCUCUCAGUUAGGCUGUAGACAAAGCACCCAUUUUGAUAUGAAAGACUUGGAGUCAAUAGGACAGCAUUUCUGUGAUGCUCUCUUGAACUACAGUGUUCAUAGCAAGGAGGAACAUGAGAAUGUAUUGAAAGAAGCCAGGGUGAACUCCCAGGUCCUGAAUUCUGAUGUGUUACACUGGGAUUCCAGCAGCCAAGAUUCUGACAGCUCAGACUUCUGUGAAUUUGUUGCACGCAAGCUAAAACUACGUACUAAGAAAAAAACCAAAACAUCUCGAGAACUUUUUCACAGCAUUGCUAAGGACAGAAGUAAUGAAACAAAAAUUUCUCAACAUGUUGAAACUGAACAUAAGAGACUUCAGGUACUUGACCCUAUGAGGAAAGAUAUCCACAAAGCUGUGAAACAGCCUGCUAUCAAGUGUACAAAAUCAACAAGUUUGUCGCUGAAGAAAGUAGCAAAGUAG